UUCAGGCUGAGGUUAGAUCGUCCCACGUCUCUAUUCUCUAUUUCCCGCGUUCUUGGUUCUUCUCUUCUGAAGUUGGCUCAGUUAUAGAAAGUUAAAGAGUGUAGAAAGUUAAAGAGUGAAAGUUAAGUUAAUUUGAAGAGAAAGUGAAAGAAAAUCCAUCGAAGAUAUUAUGGCUCCGAAUAUGAACCUGUUUGAUCUAAUGAACGAAAAGAAAAUGGACAAAGCGUUAAGGAAAAACCUGAGAGUGAAACGCCUCCAGGCGGAGGUAAUGAAAAGUAAGGGGAUUAAAGUGGCUCUAUAUAGUGCCAGCUUGCUUCUUGAAGAAAAUUUGUCGGUCGCAGAGGCGGCCAAAGUAAUUGGCGAACAUCACGAUAGAACUGCUGAUGUCGUUGCAGUGGUUAACAAAAUGGUUCAAGCUCUAGUGCCUAGUAUGGUGGAGGGGGUAUUGGCGGAAUUGGAAAAGAAGAAAUGAUUCCAGUGGAACUUCCUGGUGAACCUGUUUGGUGUGGAGUUUAUGAAAUUUCUAGUUUCACUAUGUUGCCUUUAUAAAUUAUGUUUUUCUACCAUUUCCUUGUUUAAAUUAAAUUGUUUGUAUUAUUAUUCUUAGACUUGGAUUUUUUUCUUAUCUUUGAAAGACUGUUAAAAUUUUUAUACGGACAAAACUACUGUCAUUCUAGUGUAAAUCUAAAUUUUCUACCAUUUCCUUGUUUAAAUUAAAUUGUUUGUAUUAUUCUUAGACUUAGAUUUUUUCCUUAUCUUUGAAAGACUUAAAAUUUUUUAUACGGAAAACAUUACUGUCAUUCUAGUGUAAAUCUAAAUUGGAACAAAAGUACUAAUUUUUGGAAGCACUGUACCUUUGUAAUUUUAUUUUAUUUCUUGAUGAAAAUUGUUUUUGAAAACUUGUUGAGCUUCUGUUUGUUUCUAUAAAGGUGUCUUCAGUAUAUUUCUUAAUGAUUUUAUUUCUUGACUGGAAUUUUCUUUGAAAAAUUUCAGAGUUUUUUAUAAUUUCCUUAGAUGUCACGUGUAUUUUGUCUGAUGAAUUUUAUUAAUUAUUUCUUGACUAGAAUCUUCUUUGCAAUUUGUUGACUUGAGCCAGUGUCCUCAGACAAAUGAAUUCAUCAAGUGCAAGAUGGCUGAGAUGCGUACUGGUUUUUGCACAAGUCUGCUGUAUCAUUAACAUUUGACAGGGAGGAACUUUUGAUAGUGGCCUUGCUCAAAAACCAGUGCGCAUCUCCGCUAUUUUGUCACAUUUUUGUGUGACAUUGCUAAAGGUGCUCACAGUAUUUUGUUUGAUUGAUGAUUCUUUUGUCUAUUUGUCUCAUUUAGUGUUAAUAUCUUUAUCCUCAGGGAUAAAGCGUUUGCUUUCCUUUCUCUAAAAUUCAUUUACUGUCAUGACUUGAAUCGAAACAUUUUUGACUGUGAGCAACACCAUAUUUUGUCUGAUUAAUGGUUCUUUUGUCGGUAUUUGUCUCAUUUAGUGUUAAUGUGUUUAUUCUCAGGGAUGAAACUUUUUGUUUUCCUUUCUCUAAAAUUCAUUUACUGUCAUGACUUGAAUAGAAACAUUUUUCACUGUGUGUAACACCAUAUUUUUUCUGAUUAAUGGUUCUUUUGUCGAAGUAUUUGUCUCAUUUCGUGUUAUAUCUGUACCCUCAGGAAUAAAACUUUUAUUUUCCUUUCUCUAAAA